AGCUCAUAAUCAGUUCUGUGGGUAACACUGGAGGUUAUUUAUCACACUUGGUCCUGUGCUUGAGUACCAUCCUGGUUUUACUUCUUUGAGUUGCGUAAAUGCACAGAGGGUAAGAGGAAGUGACUUUCUUAAUUUAAAAAAAGCCCUCCACACUUCACUCACACUUCUCAGCUUGGUUGAGGAGCUUUUCGUGCUCUCUUUACAGUUAUCACACAGGAAAUUAACUAUCGGGUUAUCGGUCUCAGCACGUUUCUCUGAAAGCUGCCUGACGAUUUUGGACGGGAGCCACUAAAUAACCGUCAGCUGAAAUCAAGAUGGGGAAUAAUUCAUUCGAGUGCGAGAGGUUCCAGAAGGCCCUGCUGCCCUCGUUGUAUGGCGUGGAGUUCAUCCUGGCGUUGGUGGGAAACCUGUUUGCCCUGUGGCUGCUGGUGGUCCGGGAGAGACGGGUCUGGCACACGGGGGUGGUCCUGGCCUGUAACCUGGCCAUCAGUGACCUGCUGUAUGUCCUGACUCUGCCUCUGCUCAUCGUCUACUACUCCCUGGACAAACACUGGCUGUUUGGCGACGCUGUGUGUAAAAUCGAGAAGUUUCUUUUCACCUACAACCUCUACGUGAGCAUCUUCUUAAUCAUGGCGAUAAGCGUGAACCGCUGUGUGGCCAUCGCCUUUCCCUUCUUCACCCGAUCCCGUGUGGAGCCCGUCCACGCCAAGGUCGUCAGUGUCCUCAUCUGGGUCCUUGUGGGAGCCAUUUCCUGCCCCGUGUUGAAGUUUGCCUCAGUUUGCCCCAGAGGGCACAAUAACACUCACUGUUUGUUCAUCUGUACUCAGAACGACGAGAGCAAUCACUUCAUUUACAAAAUGUUCCUGGCUGUGUUUGGUUGUCUAGUUCCCUUCCUGGUUACUUUAUUUUGUUACGCUGUGGUGAUUUCGUUGGUGUGGAAAAACGUCAGUGUAACCAAACUGGAGAAGCUUAAGGUAGCCCUGUUGGUCACAUCAGUGGUUGUGCUUUAUGCCAUUUCCUUCAUUCCGUACCACGUCUUCCAGAUCUAUAAUUUGUACUUGAAAAUACAUUAUCCCAAUGACAGAGGCUGUUGGGUGUACGACGCGUACCAGGUGUCCAAAGGAAUGGCCACUCUGAACAUGUGCAUCCAUCCCAUCCUUUACAUGGCUUUGAUUGACAGUAUGAGAGUAGCUUGUUGUGGGAAAAGCCUGGAGGACGACAACAUCAGGGUGUCGAUGAGGAAGUCUCGAGCAUCUGCUUGACAGCUUUUCUUGGAAGUUCAUCAUGUUUUCAUGGUGUAAAAACUCGCUGUAAUUUGUUGCCUUGUUUUUGUUAUUUCUGAAAGUUAUUGUUCAACUAACUUUGCAACA